AUGGCUACCCAAUUCGACACUUCGCCUGAGGUGGUGCACAAUCCUUCCGAUCAUCUCCCACAGGUCUACGAUGCCGGAAACUCGACUCAUUCAGGUUACCCAUACGCCAGUUACACCUCCCCGAGCAGCGAUGUGCCGCCUCCCUUCGAGCGUAACGAUUCCCAAACCCGAACACCGCCUCUGAACGACAAGGAAGCCGCACAAGACCCGGCACCAACCUUAGCAGCAGUUAGCGAACGCGAAAAGUCACGGAUAUGUGGAUGCCCGGUCAUAGUGUUCGUCCUCAUCACGGCUCUGGCUGUCGCUGUCGCUGCCGUGAUUGGAUUGGCUGCUGCAACUGGUGUAGCUGUGAAGAAGUCAAAUGAUUCGGACGCCAAGCUUAACGCUCUGCGUGAAUCUUAUGCCGCUGUCUCCUAUGCCGCCGCUGCAACCGCUGCUACUGUCACUGUCACGAGUACUGCGCCUGCUUCGACAGAUGUGGAUCAGGAGGAGCUCACCAGCGGCUGCUCCAACAAGAAGGACACGACCACGGGAACCGUGUACACAUCCAAGUUCAUGAAAAAGGCCCAAUUCACCUUUUACUGCAAUACAAACGCCCCUAACGAUCCCAUCUUCUCAGUCUUCGCCACCAACCUGAACGGAUGCAUCGAAGCCUGUAACGCCUGGAACAGCUACAACACUACCCAACAAACCUGCGAAGGCGUCUCGUUUGUGCCGUUCUGGGCGAGAAUAGGAAACGCUGCCACCAACAACGCUCCUGGUGAUUGCUACCUCAAGCCUGGUCCACAGGAUCGAGAUGGUCUGGAGGAUGCUAAGGGCACGCAUGCAGCGUUGUUGAAGAACUGA